GGUGGUGGUGGAGGAGGUGGUGCUGCUGCUCUGGCCGCUCGGGUCCUGCUGGCCCUGACCCUCGCCCUCUGGCUGGGCUUGUGCCGAGCCCAGGACAGCGCCAUGGAGGACAUCCUGACCGAGAAGAAGGCGGAGGAGAGCCACCGGCAGGACAGCGCCAACCUGCUGAUAUUCAUCAUGUUGCUGACGCUGACCAUCCUCACCAUUUGGCUCUUCAAACACCGUCGCUUUCGCUUUCUGCACGAGACGGGGUUGGCCAUGAUCUAUGGGCUACUUGUGGGAGUUGUUCUCCGAUACGGGAUUCACGUUCCUUCGGAUAUCAGCAACGUGACUCUUUGCUGUGAUCUGGAGACCAGUCCAGCUACUUUGUUAAUUAACGUCAGUGGAAAGUUUUAUGAAUAUACGCUGAGAAGUGAAAUCGGUCCAAAGGAACUCAAUAACGUGGAGGACAAUGAAAUGCUGCAAAAGGUUACCUUUGAUCCUGAGGUGUUCUUCAACAUUCUGCUGCCACCCAUUAUAUUUUAUGCUGGAUACAGUCUUAAAAGGCGUCAUUUCUUCCGAAAUUUGGGAUCCAUUUUGGCCUAUGCUUUUGUCGGCACAGUCAUAUCCUGCCUGGUGAUAGGGCUGAUCAUGUAUGGAUGUGUGAAGCUGAUGAACAUGGUUGGACAGCUGAGUGGAGAUUUCUAUUUUACCGACUGCCUGCUCUUUGGUGCUCUUAUUUCUGCAACUGACCCAGUGACCGUUCUUGCGAUAUUCCAUGAGCUUCAGGCUGACGUUGAUCUCUAUGCCCUUUUGUUUGGAGAAAGUGUCCUAAAUGAUGCAGUUGCCAUAGUGCUGUCUUCGUCCAUUGUGGCAUACCAGCCUGCCGGGGUGAACACCCACAAAUUUGACGUUUCUGCAAUGUUCAAGUCGUUUGGCAUAUUCCUAGGAAUUUUUAGCGGCUCCUUUGCAAUGGGAGCUGCCACCGGAGUCGUGACUGCUCUAGUUACAAAAUUUACAAAGUUAAGAGAUUUCCAGUUGCUGGAAACUGCACUGUUCUUCCUGAUGUCCUGGAGUACUUUCCUGUUGGCUGAAGCAUGUGGAUUUACAGGUGUCGUGGCUGUGCUAUUCUGCGGAAUCACACAGGCUCACUAUACAUACAACAACUUGUCACCAGAAUCCAGAAUCCGAACCAAACAGUUAUUUGAGCUCCUCAAUUUCUUGGCAGAGAACUUCAUCUUCUCCUACAUGGGGUUGGCCCUGUUCACAUUCAAAAACCACAUAUUUAAUCCCACCUUCAUAGUGGGAGCUUUUCUUGCUGUGUUCCUUGGGAGAGCUGCCAACAUCUACCCACUUUCCUUUUUGCUGAACUUGGGCAGAAGAAAAAAGAUUACUUCAAACUUCCAGCACAUGAUGAUGUUUGCUGGUCUAAGAGGAGCAAUGGCUUUCGCUUUAGCUAUUCGGGACACUGCCACCUAUGCACGACAGAUGAUGUUUACAACAACCUUGUUAAUUGUGUUCUUCACCGUGUGGGUGUUUGGCGGAGGUACAACCCAGAUGCUAUCUUGGCUUCGAAUUAGAGUUGGAGUGGAUUCCGAUCAGGACCAGCCUGCAAAUAUUGAAUAUUUACAAGAAGUGGGUGCUAACGAAGGGGGAAGAAGCAGCACAAAAGCUGAAAGUGCCUGGCUGUUCAGAUUGUGGUACACAUUUGAUCACAAUUAUUUAAAACCCAUCUUGACUGACAGCGGACCCCCUCUCACAACCACUUUGCCGAGCUGGUGUGGACCAAUAGCACGGUGUCUAACAAGCCCUAAAGCUUACGAGAAUCAAGAACAGCUGAAGGAUGAUGAUUCGGAUCUUAUUCUGAAUGACGGUGACAUUAGCAUGACCUAUGGAGAUUCGACUAUUGCGAUCACUGAUUCAUCUACUGCUGGCUUCGAUCGGAGGAAUUUGGUUCACAACCUAGAAGAUGCCCAAGAGCGAGAAUUGGCGUUUGGAGACCAUGAACUUGUCAUAAGGGGAACUCGCUUAGUCCUUCCAGUGGAUGACAAUGAACCUCCAUUUAAUCUCAACAUGAAAGAUCACUCUAGGCGUGAUCCAGCCUAACUUCAUCAGCUGCAGGUUUACCUUAAAACCCAGGUCAAGGUAUACUUUAAAGAAAAAUGCACACUGCUCCAAAUCUAAAGCAUGUCUCAAAUUAUGUUAAAGAAUAAGAGGCAACUAUUUAUCAUACUUUGAGCCAUGGUGUUUGAAGGAUUGAAUGUUUCAACAUAGUAAAAGCCUAGGAGUGUGUAUUGUAUUUGAAGAUCUAAAUGGAUUGUUUUUGGUGCAUUGAAUCUCAACAUCUAUUUAAAACUGUCUCCAUUUGCUCUUUUUCUUAAUUCAAUCCACUCUUCUCAGAAACUCUGCCUUCUUUAAAGGUUGAGUCACAAUGUCACAACAUCAUUUGUUAACGUAAAGUGUUUCAUGCCUUGAUAUUUGACCGUCCAGUUAUUUGAGCUGCCUGGAACUUCAUGGCAUCCUGGGAAAUGAAGCGAUGUUUGUGUAGAUUUAAUACUUUUAUACUGUUCAGUGCAUUUGAGGCAGACUACAAAUAGAACAACUUCUUGACAAAUUUGGAUCCUAUUAAGCACUGUUACCAUUUUGAAAUUUGAUUAUAUUUGAGCGACCCCUAGUAGAACAAGUACUUCGGAUGCGUUUCCAUUGCUAAAGCCAAACUUAAAUUAUAUCCAAUAGAACUGAGAUCAGCCAUGUGUGUGCAAAGUGAAUUACUUUGUGGUGGUGUUUGUGAUAAUAUCAAAUUAAGAAAUGGUAGCUGCCACAAUGCACUGACCAGGCGUACUCUGAAUCUCUACCAUCGUUUACAAUCUGUGAUCUGUAUUUGGCGCUGAUCAGAAUUGAAGCCGGGUGAAUUUCAUUUGAAUUGAACCAAAUGAAUUGGUUUGCUUAUCCACACACUUCACAUAUGGUAUAUUCCAAUUUCAGUGCGGAAAUAACUUGUGGCUUUAAUAUGGAGUGAAUACAAUAGUGCAUUGUAGAACAUGGCAAGGCUCAUAGUAUUCAUCAGUUACCACAUUCCUUUGAAAAGCAGUUAUUUACGUGCUAUAAUCACAACUGUAGGUUGUUUACUUUUGAGCAUCUAUUAUUUAAAUGCAUAUUCACAAUCCCUGUGGUCUGGUUUGGAACGCGAUAUCACAAAUUGGAACCUUUAUUUACAACUGGGAAUAAACUAAACUAUUGUGUUUAUUGCUGGUGGCAAGCAACUUCCCAGGAUGCUGAUUUGUAAGUGACUCAAUGGAGAUGCAUUGGGGAAAAUCUAGAGUGACUCGCUUGGAAAUGGAUCUGUCUGCUCUCUUAGCCAUUUGAAAGUUCCCUGGAUUAACUGAUGGGUCUGAAUGUGGUUGGGAACAUUGAAUGUGAUCAUCCCUGACAGGAGGCCUGAAACCUACCACUCCAUGCCACAAGCAAUGUUAACUUGCUGGCUCUGUCACUUUGCUGCCUUUUCAGGUUAAUUGGGCUUCAGGCAAACAGCGUUAUUUACGUUAUUAUGUUAUUACGUUCCCUAGUUCAGAUUAACCUUUAGUAUUACAUCGAUUAGGAGUGUUACUAGGUUGUAAAACAUAUAGAGUUUUGGAUUGAUAUACACCACGAGUGGUUUAGUGCCCCAUAAGAAUGAGUGUGCAAGAGCGAUAAAGAUAAUAACAAACAUUUUUCAAUAAUGUAUUCAAAUGUACUCUCAGCUUUUGUACGAUUGCUUGCUUGGUCCACCUUGUUUCUGAAGAAAAUAAUUGCAUGAAAAUAAAAUGAUUUUGAUUGGAA